AAGGGGGAAGGAGGGCGGGCUCAGGGGGGCUGUCCCUUCUUCUUCAGCCCUCCAGCUUGUGAUGCUCAGGUCAGAGUCAUCCCGGUGAUCAUGAAGAUGCCACGGCUGCUGCGUUGGAUUCUGGCCGCCCUCUUGGUUGUCGUGCCGGCUGCCCUUGCCGCGAUUGAGGCACCCCUUCCAAAUUUGGAAUCAGGAGCGAGGAGGCGCUUCUGCCCUGGAUGUUAUUCGUCUAUCUUGCAGGGUGAAAACCAGCCGCAGCCCAGUCCCUCGCUGGAGUCCAUCAUGGCCCUCCUCGAGUCCAUCAAGAGGCAAACAUCUCUGGAAGACUCCGUGCUGGAGAUCCCCAGCCUGCAGGCUGAGCGAAGGAGGCCCCAGACUCCUUGCGUUGGCUGCUUCGAGCCUCUGGACACCUCCAAGGGUGAGCCCCCCCAAGGGGACUUGGGGCCUCUGCAGCUGUACAGCACCACCGUCCCCCUGCGGCGCCGCAGGAACAAAACCAGGAUUUACCGGACCGGCAGCUUGUCCGUCCUGAGCAGAACAGCCACAACGGACUUGAGCAUUUUGCUGGAUGAGCUAAAGAGAAACACCAGCCAUCCAGAGAGGGGCACCGUCUCCACCCAAGAUCCGUGCCUAGGAUGCUGCGGGAUUCUGCGACCAGACCAUCCAGGAAGCAGAGAGAACCAGCCCUCUACAGGGGACUCGGGCUACACCCCCACAACAGCCGUGCCGAGGAGAAAUGGGACUAUGGGGGAUUUCCGCCCUGGCGCUUACACUCCCAUGAGAAGGAUGCGGAUGACUGGAUUCUUUUCAGGGACAGCCUGGACCCACCCCAGGGAAGACAGCCCCACCCGUGACCGCUGCCAAGGAUGCUGUGGGGUGAAUGCGACAGCUGGUGCCAAACCCCCAGGGAGAAGAGAGGAGGGGAAAGGAUCCUCCAAUAAACCCACUUCCGGAGGCAGUCCCAGCAAGGGGGCCUGGACGCCUGUGCUGAAUGGGAAGGACCCCAACCAGCACUCUUCCCAGACGGAAGAAGACGAGCGGUGGCCUGUGUUCUCCGGGGGUGCCGUUCCACCUUGGCAAAACCACCCAGGCCGGUGAAGAGCAAAGAAGGGGAAGAGGAGAAAAGGGGUGAAAGCAGGGUGGGAAAUGAGCAGGGCUUUAGGGAUUGGGCUGGCACCUGACAGGGUAUUUGGGGCGUUUUGUGUAGCUCCCACUCAUUUCAACGAAGCUCGUGCAGAUGAAUUUCCCAGCGGAUCAGGCCCUGUACAACAAAGAAUGUGGCUGCCUUUUUAAAAAAGCCUCUUCUUCUUCUUCCUUGCCCUCCUUGGAAUGAAGACUGGUGCUGCUGCUGAACCUUUGGCCAAUCAUCUCAAACAACGCAGCUGUUUCCCAUGAGGAUGUGAAAUGCUUCAGCUGCUGAAGCAACCAGGUUGUCCAGGGCCUUUGUAAACACACACACACACAACAGCAAAGCUCUGUAAGAGCUGUAGACAAAGGUCCCCUGCUGCUCUAGACACUGUUUGGGGUCAAAGUCUUGUCUGUGGUGGCCCCCCAAAUAUGGGACACUCUCCUCUCCGAAAUCCACCCACUCCCUUCUCUGUUUCAUUUUGGUGGCAGCCAAAAAUAUUUUUUUCCCAGCAGGCAAUGGGUUGAACCGAUGGACCGGUUUUACUGCUGCUGCCUUCAUCAAGGUCACUUUUAUGAGCAGGAUUUCAGGUUUUGCCAUUGUUGUUUUAACCCACUUUUGAACAGCUUUGGAAACUUUAUUAAACAGCAGCAUGUAAGUCCAGUAAAACAAACUAAUGGGGACACUCUAUAAGAACAGCAAGAAGAAGAGAAUCAGUGACAAAAUCUCCAGCUUUCAAAGGCCAUGAUGGCAUUUGUGAAACAAUCUCUGGAUCUCUGAAGGAAUUCUCAAGUUUUGUUAAAAAAAAUUGUUGUAAAAUAGCUCAAUAAAAAGUUGAAAUAUUUGAGCCUAAA